GGUCCAUGUUGACUGAAUGGCAGCGUGUUCAGCUCGGUAGUUUGAGUUGUUUAUUAGCUGUAACAGCAGCAGUGUGAGGUGUGCAUGAGUUUACCGGGACGUGACGGAGAUGUUGAGGCGGGGAUGUGUCGGUUUUCUCCGCUGCUGGUCCCUCACAGUCGGUCCCAGGACACUCACGACCCCUCGUUGCCCUUUGCACACUUCACGGUUCUUCUUCUCCAUCUCCGCCGCCGCCAAGUGUCCGACACAUGAGGAGGUGAAGCAGCCUCUGAAGCAGUGGACUCUGCCGGUGAGCCCCUUCAGCACCGUGCGGGCUCAGCUGGGCUGCAGCAUCUCCGUCCGGCCGCUGGACCCGCACGCCUUCCCGGAGGCUGACCGGGUCUUCAUCGCUGUUCACGGGACAGACUCCCAGCAGGAGGUCGGUCUGGAUCACCUGCAGGUCCAGUAUGAUGACCAGAGCAAAGAGCUGCUCAUCUCAGCUGAGAGGGUCGACAGCAGUGUGUCGAUUGAUCUGACUGUUCCUAUCAAGAGCAAUCUCUUCAUUACGGCUCAGGGAAAAGGCAACGUGCAAGUGAAGAAAAUGGAGUGUGACGUCUGCAAGGUGCGGACAGAAAAGGGCAACUGUCUGCUGCACUCUGUCAAAGGUCAUCAGGUUGAGGUCCAGUCCCUGGGAGGACAUGUUACAGGUGUGGGCACCAUCCAUGGGAACGUGGACAUCAGCACGUGUGGAGACAGUGGAGUCGAUGUGAAGAAGCUUCAGGGCACCACGAUGAAUGUUUCAACAGAGCACGGCCCUCUGAAGGUCAAAGCCAUCUACGCUCAGUCCAGCUGCGUCUCGUCCCGCUCUGGGAGAGUAGAACUGGGGCAUGUACACGGUGACGCCACCGUGAAGAACGUGUCCGGAGAUAUCGUUAUUGAUGGUUCGAAUAGUCUCCUGAAGGUUUCCUCUCACAGCGGAGCCAUUGAUGUCUAUGUGGGAGACGGUGGCAGUGCAGAGCUCCGCAGUCAGGAAGGAGCCGUGUGUGUUCGUGUCCCCUCCUCGUUGAAAGCUGGGGUGGAGCUCCGUGGAGUGUCGGUGGAUAUCAGCCCAGAGGUUGCUCUGCAUGGAGUAGAAAACAACAUCACUGAGGGCCAAACCACAGUUACUGGCUGUAUGAACGUAGAGUCCCCAGUGGAGCAGUGGGUUCGAGCUCAGGCAGACAGAAACUCUGUCAGACUGAAGACACAAAGCUGGUUUGAGUCCCUGAAGUUGGGGAGCUGAGCUGUGAGCUGCACCUACACUUACAGAACUAGGAGCCAGAUUCAUAAAACUCUGUGUAGACUCACGACUAAAACUGUGUGAACCGUAGACUAUACGAAAGAUGGACAACAUGACACUUCUCUCAAAGUGUAACUUUUCAGUCUUUUCUUCGCCCCCUGGUGUCUGACUGCAGUAU